AUGGAGUCAGGGCUGCUGCGACCAGCGCCGGUGAGCGAGGUCAUUGUCCUGCAUUACAAUUACACCGGCAAGCUACGCGGAGCGCGCUACCAGCCCGGCGCAGGAUUGCGUGCAGACGCAGUGGUGUGCCUGGCUGUAUGCGCAUUUAUCGUGCUGGAGAACUUGGCGGUGUUGUUCGUGCUCGGGCGCCAUCCGCGCUUCCAUGCGCCCAUGUUCCUGCUCCUGGGCAGCCUCACACUGUCUGACAUGCUGGCAGGUGCUGCCUACGCCAUUAACAUCCUACUGUCCGGGCCACUCACGCUUCGAUUGUCACCUGCGCUCUGGUUCGCUCGUGAAGGAGGCGUCUUUGUGGCGCUUGCCGCGUCGGUGCUGAGCCUCCUGGCCAUUGCACUCGAGCGCCAUCUCACCAUGGCGCGCCGGGGACCCGCGCCCGCUGCCAGUCGAGGGCGCACACUGGCGAUGGCCAUCGCAGCUUGGAGCGUAUCGCUGCUCCUCGGGUUACUGCCCGCGCUCGGCUGGAACUGUCUGGGUCGCCUGGAGGCUUGCUCCACUGUCCUGCCGCUCUACGCCAAGGCAUACGUGCUCUUCUGCGUCCUMGCCUUCGUGGGCAUCCUGGCGGCCAUCUGUGCACUCUAUACGCGCAUCUACUGCCAGGUACGAGCCAAUGCACGGCGACUGCGAGCACGACCAGGGGCUAGCAAAGGCACCUCCACCCGCUCGCGCCGCACACCACGAUCUCUGGCGCUGCUGCGCACACUCAGCGUGGUACUCCUGGCCUUCGUGGUGUGUUGGGGCCCUCUCUUUCUGCUGCUGUUACUAGACGUGGCAUGCCCCGCCCGCGCCUGUCCUGUGCUCCUGCAGGCCGACCCCUUCCUGGGCCUGGCCAUGGCCAACUCGCUUCUGAACCCCAUCAUCUACACGCUCACCAACCGUGACCUGCGCCAUGCGCUCCUGCGCCUUGUCUGCUGCGGCCGCCGUCCCUGCAGCCGAGGCCCKAGCAGUGUCCAGUUAUCUGAAAGCGCUCCUGGGGCUUCAGGCGGCCUGCGCCGCUGUCUACCCCAGGACUUGGACCCCAGCUCCAGCCGCUCUGAGCGCUCAUCGCCCCAGAGAGAUGGACUGGACUCCAGCGGCUCCACCGGCAGCCCCAAUGCGCCCACAGCUCCUCGGACCCUGGUACCCGAACCGGUAGCAGAUUGA